GAAGAAGAAGAGGAGGAGGAGGAGGAAGAGGAAGAGGAAAAGGAGGAGAAGGUGGCGGCGGCGGGCUUGGCUGGCCUCGCCCAGGGUCCCAAGGUGUUGGAGGAGGAGGAGGAGGAGGGGGAGGCGGCACCAUGUCUUCUUCUUCCUCUUCUUCCUGCUCGGUGGGGCUGCGCGCCCCUCGGCCCCCCGCCGUGCCGCCCCCCAUGCCGGAGCUGCCCGACCUGAGCCACUUGACGGAGGAGGAGCGCAACAUCAUCCUGGCCGUGAUGGACCGGCAGAAGGAGGAGGAGGAGAAGGAAGAGGCCAUGCUCAAAAGAUUGCACCAACAAUUUGAAAGUUACAAAGAGCAAGUGCGGAAAAUAGGUGAGGAAUCCCGCCGUUCACAAGGAGACCACAAGGAUGAUGCCCCAACGUGUGGAAUCUGUCACAAAACUAAGUUUGCGGAUGGUUGCGGCCAUUUAUGCUCUUACUGCCGGACAAAGUUUUGUGCCAGAUGUGGAGGACGUGUUUCUCUACGAUCAAACAAUGAGGACAAAGUGGUUAUGUGGGUAUGCAACCUAUGUCGAAAGCAACAAGAGAUCCUGACGAAAUCUGGAGCAUGGUUCUUUGGAAGUGGUCCACAACAGCCCCCCAGUCAGGAUGGAACGCUGAGUGACACUGCCACGGGUGGCAGUUCAGAGUCGCCUAGAGAAAAGAAGGCACGGCUUCAAGAGCGGUCGCGGUCCCAAACACCCUUAAGCACAGCAGCCGCCACUUCCCAGGAAUUCUCCUCCGGUGUGCAAACUGACAGAAGAAAAGGCACAGAGGCAUCACAGCAAGCUAUGGGCCUGGAACAGAAGCAAACUUCGUCAAGGUCUAGAAGUGAACCCCCAAGAGAGAGGAAGAAGACAUCUGCAGCUCCUGAACAGAAUGGGAAAGGAGGUCUAAAAGGUGAGCGCAAACGUGUGCCAAAAUCUGCACCUCAGCAGGGUGAAGGACAAACAGAUGAGAGGGAAAGUAAAGAAAGACGUGAUGGUAGAAGAUUAGAGAAAGGGAGGUCUCAGGACUAUUCAGACUUUCCACCCAAUUUUGAGGAAGGCAAGGCAAUAGAUGAAGAAAAGCAAAGGAAAGAAGAUGACUAUCACACUCGGUACAGGAGUGAUCCAAACCUAGCAAGGUAUCCGGUGAAGCCACAUCCUGAGGAGCAGCAGAUGCGUAUGCAUGCAAAGGUAUCAAAGGUGCGGCAUGAAAGAAGACACAGUGAUGUCGCCUUGCCCCAUACAGAGGUCGAGGAGCCUGAGGUACCUGAGAAUAAACUAGGAAAGCACCCACAGUUGCCAGCAACUCAGGACAUGAAAUCUCACCCGGACACUCAGAGGGCAUAUGCGAUAGAAAGAACAGGUGAUGUAAGAAUUUCCGUUUCUAAACAAUUAGCUAACCAUAGCUCACCAACUCCCAGGCAUAGCAUGGUUCCUACAGAGCACUUAGAAUCCAAAAACCACGAUUCCUUUAAAACACAGAGUCGCCUAGAUCCUAGCUCUGCUAUUCUCAGUCGGAAAGCAAAGCGGGAGAAAAUGGAGACUAUGCUAAGGAAUGAUUCUCUUAGUUCUGACCAGUCAGAAUCAGUGCGACCGUCUCCUCCAAAGCCUCAUAGAUCGAAGCGGGGUGGAAAGAAAAGGCAAAUGUCAGUCAGCAGCUCGGAGGAAGAAGGAGCAUCAACCCCCGAAUAUACCAGUUGUGAUGAUGUGGAAAUAGAAAGUGAAAGUGUCAGUGAAAAAGGUGACUUGGAUUAUUACUGGCUGGAUCCUGCCACGUGGCACAGUAGGGAGACAUCUCCUAUUAGCUCACAUCCUGUAACGUGGCAGCCUUCUAAAGAGGGAGAUUGCCUGAUUGGUCGUGUUAUUCUCAACAAGAGAACAACCAUGCCAAAAGAGUCUGGUGCAUUACUUGGACUCAAAGUUGUAGGAGGAAAAAUGACUGAAUUGGGACGACUUGGUGCCUUCAUUACCAAAGUAAAGAAAGGUAGCUUGGCUGAUGUAGUGGGACAUCUAAGAGCAGGUGAUGAAGUUCUAGAAUGGAAUGGUAAACCACUUCCUGGAGCUACAAAUGAAGAAGUUUACAAUAUUAUUUUAGAAUCCAAAUCAGAACCUCAAGUUGAAAUUAUUGUUUCAAGACCAAUUGGUGACAUUCCAAGGAUUCCUGAGACUUCUCAUCCUCCACUAGAGUCUAGUUCUAGUUCAUUUGAAUCUCAAAAAAUGGAACGGCCUUCAAUUUCUGUUAUUUCCCCUACUAGUCCUGGAGCCCUAAAAGAUGCCCCACAGGUUCUACCUGGGCAACUCUCUGUUAAACUAUGGUAUGACAAAGUGGGACAUCAGUUAAUAGUGAACGUUCUUCAAGCAACAGAUCUGCCACCUAGAAUAGAUGGACGACCAAGGAAUCCUUAUGUGAAAAUGUAUUUUCUUCCAGACAGAAGUGAUAAGAGUAAAAGAAGGACCAAAACAGUAAAGAAAAGCUUAGAACCAAAAUGGAACCAAACAUUUCUCUAUUCACAUGUGCACCGUAGAGAUUUUAGAGAACGGAUGCUAGAAAUAACUGUCUGGGAUCAGCCACGAGUACAAGAAGAAGAAAGUGACUUUCUUGGAGAGAUCCUGAUAGAGUUGGAGACAGCACUUUUAGAUGAUGAGCCACACUGGUAUAAGCUGCAGACACAUGAUGAAUCCUCACUACCUCUGCCUCAGCCAUCACCUUUCAUGCCAAGGAGACAUGCUCAUGGUGGAGAAAACUCUAGCAAAAAAUUACAAAGAUCUCAGCGAAUCAGUGAUAGUGACUUCUCAGAUUAUGAUGUUGAGGAUGGUAUUGGAGUAGUUCCUUCAGUAGGUUAUAGGUCUAGCACUAGAGAAAAUAAAUCUACAACGUUAACUGUGCCAGAACAGCAAAGAACAACCCAUCAUCGUUCGCGAUCUGUUUCUCCUCACCGUGGUGACGAACAGGGCAGGACCCGUUCUCGUUUACCAAAUGUGCCAUUACAGAGGAGUUUAGAUGAAAUUCAUCAAAUGAGAAGAUCACGUUCUCCAACUAGACACCAUGAUGCCUCCCGAAGCCCAAUUGACCGCAGGUCCAGAGAUAUGGAUAGUCAGUAUUUGUCCGAUCAAGAAAGUGAGCUUCUUAUGCUGCCCAGGGCAAAACGAGGAAGAAGCGCAGAGUGCCUACAUACCGCCAGAAGUUCCAUAAGGCAUUAUAAAACACUGCCGCCCAAGAUGCCUUUAUUAGAGAAUGGCACUUACUGGAAUAUUUAUAGCUCAACUCUGCCUGCAUGUGUUAAGGCCAAAUCUGUGCUUAGUCGGGAUGUUUCACUUCUGCGUAAUUGCCUUAAUUCACGAAUACCAAGAUUUACAGAUGGGCUAUUGUUUAGUGAACUGCAGCCCUCGCUUGACAGGGCUAGGAGUGCUAGUACCAACUGCUUGAGGCCUGAUACUAGUUUGCAUUCACCAGAACAAGAAAGACAUAGAUGGUCUCCAUCUCUAGAUAGGAGACGACCUACUAGUCCCCGGAUUCAUAUCCAACAUGCAUCUCCGGAGGAUGACAGAACUACACCACCGCUGGAGUCUUGCAUUCCAAAACAAGAUACUUUAAACUUCCUAAGUGCUAAUCCAGAAGAAACACAGAGGCAUUCCAGAAAGGUGGAAAGAUAUAGCAAUCAAAAACAGACUAGGAAAGUCUCUGCCUCAGAAACAGAAAGAGUUCGACUGGCUUGUGUUUCUAGACGGGGACUUCCAACCCCAAGAAACAAUGCUCAACCAGUCAUUACUAGGGGAAAACAUCACACUCACUCAAAGUCGAGUAAGCGUUCUAAUGUCAGACCAUUAUGUUCUAUGCAUCAUCUGACUCCUGGAGGGUUGGCACCACCUUCUCCACUUCUGACAAGAAUGCACCAACCAGGAAGUCCCAUGCAGUCAUCUCCGGCAGACACGCCAUUCAGCAGCCGUAGGGGGAGGCAGCUUCCACAAGUCCCUGUCAGGAGUGGCAGUAUAGAGCAAGAACAAGAAAGUUAUAGCCCAUCUUCAAAAGCUAAUUUAGUAGUGGAAGAGAGAACAAGACAGAUGAAAAUGAAAAUGCACCGUUAUAAUCAGACAACAGGGUCUGGUUCUAGUCAAGAACUGGAACGUGAGCAAUAUUCCAAGUAUGAUAUUCAAGCAGAUCAGUACCGAAGUUGUGAUAACGUCUCUGCCAAGUCAUCAGAUAGUGAUGUCAGUGAUGUGUCAGCUAUUUCCCGUACCAGUAGUGCCUCCCGCCUCAGCAGCACAAGCUUUAUGUCAGAGCAAUCCGAGCGCCCUAGGGGCAGAAUCAGGUCAAAGUCCCUAGAGAACUGCAAAACUGAUGGGAAAAAGGAAAGAAGGAUAUCAUGGGAAUUAGAUGACAAGACGGGGCACAGUGGAAAAAAAAUGAAUUUGCAAGACAAGAAAAGGAGAAGGCAUACUGUUGCUGAUGUGAGUACGUUUACUCCUAAAAUGCAAGGCAGACGGAUGGGGACUUCAGGGAGAAUCAUCACAAAGAGCACAAGUGUGAGUGGAGAGGUGUAUAAGCUGGAACAUAAUGAUGGUAGUCAAUCAGACACGGCGGUUGGUACACUUGGAACAGGUGGGAAGAAAAGACGAUCAAGCCUUAGUGCCAAAGUGGUUGCCAUGGUCUCUAGAAGAAGCAGAAGCACAUCCCAGCUUAGCCAAACAGAGACGGGCAGCAAGAAGCUAAAAAGCACGAUACAAAGAAGCACAGAAACUGGGAUGGCUGCAGAAAUGAGAAGCCGUAUGGUCCGGCAGCCAAGUCGGGAAUCCAAUGAUGGAAGUAUCAACAGUUACAGCUCAGAGGGAAACCUAAUAUUUCCUGGAGUCCGACUGGGCGCUGACAGUCAAUUCAGUGAUUUUCUUGAUGGUCUGGGACCUGCCCAGCUAGUAGGUCGACAAACGUUAGCGACACCUGCCAUGGGUGAUAUACAGAUUGGAAUGGUGGAUAAGAAAGGCCAGUUAGAAGUAGAAGUCAUCAGAGCCCGAGGCCUAACACAAAAACCUGGUUCUAAAUCUACCCCAGCUCCAUAUGUCAAAGUAUACCUGUUGGAAAAUGGGGCUUGCGUAGCCAAGAAGAAGACAAGAAUUGCCAGGAAAACUCUUGACCCUUUAUAUCAACAAACAUUGGUUUUUGAGGAAAGUCCUCAUGGUAAAGUCCUUCAGGUAAUAGUCUGGGGAGAUUAUGGUCGAAUGGAUCACAAAUGUUUCAUGGGAGUUGCACAAAUCUUGCUGGAAGAACUUGAUUUAUCCAGCGUAGUGAUUGGCUGGUACAAAUUGUUUCCACCAUCCUCUCUGGUGGAUUCAACGUUGACUCCUCUGACUCGCAGGGCCUCCCAGUCAUCUCUGGAAAGUUCAACUGGGCCUCCCUGCAUUCGGUCUUAGUGAACACAAUAACAGAAGCUCCUCAAUGAAGUGAUUAUCACCCAGGAUAACUAACAGGGAGAAAAACAACUUACAACGAGGAGCAUUUUUGAACAGAGACAAUCAUCACUUCAGUUUUGCCUGUAGUAGUUUAUCCAAAAAUAUGCCUCUGUGUGAAAAGGGUGGCUCAAAUUGACCGAACAAAGCAGUAUAUGAAAAUAGAGUCAGUCCAUUUAGCAAAAUGUCCCUAUGUCUUUUGAUAAUCAUAAUGAGAGGGACCAUUCAAAAUUAAACUGGAACCACAUGCUCUUUCGACAAUUCUCCCACUCUUUCUUUUCUUCACGGAGACCAGAAGCAGUGUUAACUUCCUGGUGUUUGUUCGUGUUUAACUUGCUUUCGCUGUGUUAUCCUGCCUGUUUUGUAAAAAAUGUCAGAAUGCUAACAGAGACCCUUCCUUUCUUUUUCUAAAACAAACCAAAAAGGGCUGAAGCACAUCUCUGUAAGCAUCUCCAGAAGUGUUCACCUGCCAGAAUUAUCAUUCAAUGCCAAUAAUAGCCACAUCACCCCUCCUUUCUGGUUGUUCAUAGUCCAAUACAGAUGGACAACCAGAAUAAAUGACCAAUUUAUUGUUUAGUUUAACUAUGUAUUAGAGCAUAUCCUAAUUUUCCAUUGUAAAAAGUGAAUAUUUUUGCAUUAUGCACCAUGGUUUUUUAUGUUUUAAUCAUGAUUUUGCAUGAAGGAAAUUUGCAACUGCAAUUAUUGCUGAAGACUUGAUAAAAAGCGGCUUUUGUUUUUUUUAUUUUGACAUUGGCAAUUAUGUUUGUAAAGCAUAUCAGGCCUAUGACAAAAGUCUUAAUGUUCAUGUGUGUAAAUGUACAAUUGACUUUCCCAAUGUGGACCAGAAAUAGAGUUAGGCAUCCAACACUUUCAGCUGUACCCAGGCAUCUCGGGUGAUCCAGGUGUCACUUUUGACACACUUGUCUGCCCUGGUUAGAGCAUGGUAUGAGUUGUUCAGUUUGUCACUGGAAAUUCCAGUUGAAAUAUUCUGCACUUACUAAUGUUUUUAUCAAAUUUCAGUUUGUUUAUUUGAGAUUGAUGCAAGCACAAAGCUUGAUUUUUAACAAAAAUGAUUUUACGUUUAAAGGUGGGGGGAAUAUGGUAACAAAAAACCUUGCAUUUUGUUAAUCUUGGUUCUUUCUUGGCCUUGAAAUCCCUUGUGUUUUUUCUGUAAAUGUGCUAAAAAAACCUGCAGAAUGUACAGGUGCAUUGAAAAGUUCUCCUUCCUUUUAUGGUGAUCUCACAAAAUAGAGCAGCAUGACUUGGAACUGUUCAAAGCUGCAUGCACGUUUUUGUAAAAAAAAAUGCAAAAGAAAUAGAAAAAAGGAAAAGGAAAAAAGAGGAAAAAGUCACAAACAAAAGAGAUUAUUUAAUAAUGUAUGUUAGUUCCACAUAGGCCAGGUUGUAUGUUGCAUGUACUUGUACAGUUUGCUCAUAAUUACUCUAAUGAAGUAACCAAGAAAUCUAAGCCAUCCAUUUUUUCUUAUAGACAUUUUGCAGAUUUUAGCCAGGCUGUAAGUUAGUCUGGUGCUAAAUGUCUAUAGAUGGACUUUAUUUUUUACCGUAUGGAAAACGUGAUGUAGUAUGGACCAAAUUCCUUCUACUAAAUAUUUUGGUGUAGAUUCCUACUGUGGGGCUGUAACACAUGUAGAAACUGUGGACACAAUUAAGUUUUCCUUCAUAGACAUAACUGCCUGCACCAAGUGAACUAUUUAUUAUUGUUAUUAUUAUUUAAUAUUGCCAGAACUAUUCUGCCCAUGUUUCCAUGGGGCACAGAUUGAUUACUGCUCGACCUGCUGAGCAGGAAGAACUGAAGCAUUGGUACACUACUAGAUUCUCUUCUGUCUUUUAGUGGCCAAAUAAAUAAACUAAUGAUAAUUCGGUAGUACCUUUCUAUUUUGACCACUUGUCUUAACAUUUCCCUGUGCUUUUAAAUGAAACUUCCAACUCAUGUUAUGUAGACAUGUUUAAUAAAAUUUCCUUUUCAUGUUCA